ACUAGUCAAUGCACGUGAUAUCUUCUUGGUUUCCAUUUGGAAGACUUGGUCGUUUACAAGGAACAACAGAAGACCAUGCAGAAGGAAACAACGAGUUGAGUUCCUCAAACCAAUUAGAAACCUUUCUAUAAAGCAGCUUCAAAUUGAUGGAAGCUUCGGUGUCAGUGAAGGAGCUUAAAAGCAAGGCUAAGAUAUAGACAGUACAAACGUAAGAUGGCAUGUUCUGUGCCUUUUAACAAGAAGAAUUUGGACAUAAGUUUCUUCGUUUUCAAGCCAACUAUUGUGAUCAUAGAUGACCUAGUUCAUGAACUCAAACACUUCUCCUUAACUACUGAGAACCUUGGCUGUGUUCAGAGCUCUAUAUUUAGAAGCAUCCAUGGAAAUAUGAUCAUAUGGUAUGGAGCAUGGCCGAGGCAGUCGAGUAAGGAAAAAGAGGAGCUGACCUCAACCCUUAAAACAAUGUUAACCAACAGCAUAUCAACCAGGGCUGUAUUAACUGAUUACAGUUUCCUUGAAGCAUACGGUGGAGAGUCAAGAGAUGGGUCUUCAACAGCAAAAUUCUCCACUGGGGACAUAUUAUCCUUGAACUCAGCAGUGACCACUACCAAUGACCUUAAUGACCUCUGCUACGCUGUUCUAGCAAUUUUAAGGUCUCGCUUUGCCAAAAUUGAAGGAACAAUAUCCGGGCUUUGCUUCAAGGGACAAAGCAAACCCAGAAUGGUGUGCAUGCAUGUCUGGAAGUCUCUCCAUUUUUGUUACUCAUGGAUUCUGAACUCCGACCAAAGAAAAUGGAUGAUGCCAUAUCUCGAACGUUUCUCCAUUGAGAUGAAGUAUGACAUUUUCCGAGUAGUGUAUGUUAGUGGUGACAAUGUGGUUGAUUUCAACUGUAUUUCUACUCAUCAGAUGUUAGAAAAUGGGAAGGAGAACAGCAGGCAAGGGCAGGUUAUGCAGAACUGAGAUACCUGCAAAGGGCUUCAAGUUUACAACCAUCUCCCUCUUAUGUUGUAAAUAUUUCAAGGUUACAGUUUAGAAAGUCUUGAUAAGUGAAAGUAUGAAUCAUAUUUUACAAAGCAAUAAUUUGUAAGGUUUUGGCUUGGACGUCUUAAUGUUCAGAAAAAGUAUGAAUGCUGGAUUGUUAAACAGUUUAACUUUGUUACA